AUGUCCACGCGCCGACCGACGACGCGCGCGCGCGCGGACGACGGAUUCGCACGCGACGACGACGAGGACGACGGCGCGCACGAUGACGUCGCCGCGAACACCAUCGUGGUGUACACCAAGCCCGGAUGCUGUCUGUGCGACGGUCUGAAAGACAAGCUCGACGCCGCCGUGGACGCCGCCGCCCGCGCGCCGCCCGGCGCCUCGCUCGAGUGCCUGCGAGAUUUCGCGCUCUGCGUCCGCGACGUGAGCACGAACGCGGCGUGGGCGGAAUCAUACGCUGGAAGCGUCCCGAGAGUGUUCGUGCGCGUCGCCGUCGACGCGGCUUCCACCGAACGCUCGAGCGUCGUCUCGCGAGAGUUCGCGCGCCCGCCGCCCAAGCGCGCCGCCGCGCGCGUCGCCGAAGACUUGGCCUCGCUCGUUCGCCGCGCGUGCGCGCCCGCGCGCGCGGGAUGGACGGUCGUCACCACCACCGCUUGGGACGCGCCUUCGUCGUCGUUUUAG